AUGCUUGCAAGCCUAGCAGGCGAUGCGCGUAGUUACGCCAUUCUGUUGAAUGACGUUGCAAAGCAUUUGCGUAUCUAUUUUUUGCGUAGGCUGGCCGAGUCUCACAAGAGCGACGCCGAUGAUCUGGUGCAGGAUACAUUGAUGGCUUUGCAUUCAAGGCGGGCUACAUACGAGACGGACCGGCCGUUUACAGCCUGGUUGCAUGCGAUAGCGCGAUACAAGCUGAUUGAUCAUUUCAGGCGCAAUAAAAUUAGGGCAACAGUGCCUUUGGAUGACGCUGAAGAUUUGAUCCCAGUCGACUAUUCCGAUGCAGCGGCAGAUCGGAUGGAUGUAGAGAGCCUGUUGCAAUCAGUGCCGGAAAAAUCACGGGAGUUGAUAUACCGCACGAAGAUCGAAGGGCAGUCCAUAGCGGAAGUUGCGACAAGCACCGGCCUUUCCGAAUCGGCGGUCAAGGUGGGUAUUCACAGAGGCAUCAAGGCGAUUGCCGCAAAAUUGAAAGGACGCGAUUUGAAACCCGUGUCACGUUCAGCCGUUGCAAAACGGAUUGCUAUUGGUUUGGGAUUAAGUUUCGUUGCCUCGUGGCUUCUCAUGGUUUGGUGGUUGGGAAUGCGGCCCGACCUCAUGGAAGCAUCGGCUACCAUGCCUUUCUGGGGCAAGCUCGCCUACACCCUGCUUUUGGCCGUCAUUGGCGCAUGGGCCAUCAAACGUAUCGCCUAUCCGGCUGGCAGUAUUUUCAUCAACCUCGUCUUGAUGGCUGUCGCCCUCUUUGCGUUCGGAAUACUCGCUGCGGGGAUGUUCGCCAUGGCACCGCCGCAGGAUCACUAUGCGCUACUGACCGGUAAAUCGCUUGCAGUAUGCACGUUCAACAUAGUCAUGCUGUCCAUGCCUUUGCUUAUAGGCGCAUUCUGGGUUUUACGCGGAUUGGCGCCUACACGCCUGACACUGGCAGGUACUGUUGCCGGGUUGGCCUCAGGCGCAAUGGGAUCAUUGAUAUACUCAUUCCAUUGCACCGAAAGCGCUAUGCCCUUCGUCGCGAUCUGGUACACCUUAGGCGUAUUGGUGCCCGGCCUCAUUGGAGCGAUAGCCGGGCGAUUUGCUCUCAGAUGGUAG